AUGAAGGGAAGCAACUCUGCUAUAAGCAACGUGAAUGAUAUUCUUUGCUACGAGGUUCUGAUAAGAAUUUUUAUGACCCUCAGUAUUACGGACCUUGCAGUUGUCUCUCUGGUUUGCAAAUAUUGGAACCAAGCUUGUCGUGACCCUGUACUUUGGAAGAAGCUUGAUCUCACUCAACUAAGCUCUCACUCUUUCCGCGUACCCAAGUUACUAGAUGCUUGGUAUGACAGAAAUUCAAGCACAAAAAUGUCUCAAUUCUUGAAGUAUGUUCUAAAUCUGAGCGAUGGAAAUAUAAGCUGCUUAAUAUAUAACUACUAUGUUUACAUGAGGGAUGAGCACUUAAUCUCUGCGGCUGAAAGGACCCCAAAUCUUAAACGACUAGUUUUACCAAGAUCAGGCCAAUUAUCAAAAACUGGAAUCGAUAUUGCAAUGAAGUUUUGGGGAGGACUUGAAUCCUUGACUAUUACCUCUAUGGUCAAGCAUGCAGAUAUUUUUUCAGCAAUUGGCAAAUACUGCAAGAGAAUCACUGAAUUGAAAUUCACUUGCGCCUUUGAAGAUUUUCAUGCUAAUUACUUGAUUAAAUGCACCCCAAAUCUGAAGUUCUUGAGUAUUCGGUCCGUAAUGGUGAACAAGAAAGGUUUGUGCCGUGUACUCCAAAGUUUGGAACAUUUGGAAGUGGUGAAUAUAUGUCAUAGUCUCAUUGUGGAGAGACCAAAUCCUAGGUCAAGGGUUGUGGUGUACCGUAUUCAUGAUCUUCGAAAUCAUUUGGAUAUCACGUGUUUGAGAAAGCUUCUUUUUUGUAAAGGAAGAUGCCUUAGGUGCAAGUAUAUUGGGCGAGAGAAUAAUCCAACUAGGCUAUCACCCUAUGGAACAUUCGAGGGUAUUUGGCGUGACGAUGAGAUACCCUCUCUUGCUCAUUGA